AUGUCUUACAAUCAUGCAUUCCAAGAUGACUUUUAUACUUCCUGUACUAACGAAGAAGAAUCUAAGUUGAUGGUUUUGAAGGAUAAGCAUGCCUUGUGUGAAGAUCUAAAAUAUAUUCUGUCCGUUCCUGAUCUGUGUGAUGUUACAUUUCUUGUUGGUCAAGAACAGUAUCCCGUUCACGGACUGAGGGCGAUAUUAGCUUCCCGUAGCAGGAUAUUCUACUUGAUGAUUCUUGCAAAAGAAAAGGAAAUAAAAAUCCAAGAUUCACAGAAGAAAAUAGGAUUCAUGAAGAAAUUGAAACAAAUACGCAAACUGCUUAUCUCCAAACCGUCACACAAAACAUUAAAAUCCUUACCAACAAAGUUAACCAUUUCUGUAGAAGAAUAUGAAGUUAGUGUAUUUGAGAGGUUGCUACGUUACAUUCACUGCGGUGUAGUCUCGGUCGAUGUAUUUACUGUAGUAGGACUGCUGAAUGCUGCUGAGAAUUUCGAAUUGGAAUGCUUAAAGAAUGCAUGCUGGGAAUUUGCUGUUAGUUGUAUCCGACCUGAUCUUGUGCACGAUUUAAUUGCUUCAGCUAAUGAGUACUCUACCAGUAAACUGACCAAUCAACUUCUCAAAGAGAUUCAGGAAAUAUCAUUUAACCAGCCAGAAUUGCUAUAUUACACACCACGUUCCCGGUCAUGCAGCACACUGGACCUCACUGAUAACAGACGGAAUAGUAAAACUACCAACGGAUUCCUAAUGAGAACUGUGUUAUAGAUUGUACUACAUAAUAAUAUAUACU